CACAACAAAUUUUGUUUGGUCCGCGAUUUUUCAACAAUUAAUGCGAUAAAUUGAGCGCAAAAUCAAACAAUUAUUGUGAAAUUCACGAUUCAAGAGUAUCAGACGACAGGAUAGUACGAUAAAACGUUGCGGAAAUUAAGACAAGUUGGAUUAUUAAGUGGACAAUCUUUCCCUCCAAAUUUUUAGUUGUGCUUUGGAGGAGCAGCUGAGACUACAAAAAUGCCUUUAUUGAAGCGAAAAUCAUUCGUGAGGGCAAAAAGUCCCGAAAGCCUACGAGAUGACGAAGAGGUCUUCUACUGCGAGCAAACAAAGGAGAUUUUCCGUAAUUACGAGGACUACUUUGAGCGUGUUAUGCUCAUUAGCAGCAUGGUUUGGACAUGUGCAUACACAGGAAAGCCAAAUUUAACGUACGAUGAAGCAGUUGAGUCGGAAAAAGCCGCCAGAACAAUUCUAAGACGUUUUCCAAAUGCCAUUCGAGGUCCUGUAAUAAUGGUUGCUUCGCAAACUAAACGCUCAAACAUCUCGGAGCUCGUCGACGAUGUAUUCAAUUUCGUCAAGGAUCGUUUUUAUGUAGGAGAACGAGUUGAUGUUUUGCACGGAAAUAAGUAUCGUUGUUGCAAAAUUACAGAAGUACUUAAACCAGCAAAUUCGAAUUCCGCAAGUCCCGUAAAGGCAGAUAAAAUCCGAUACAAAGUUUUUGCACUCGAUGACAAACAACCAAAUGAAUGGGUUGCUGUGCCUGAAAACAUCAAACGCGACAAAAUUGUCUUUUCAAAAGAGAAAAGCAAACUAUUUUUAAAGCAAAAUAUCGAAGUAGUAAAUAACAUGAUCAAAAUUAAGGACGAUUCCUUCAAGAAGUACGUUACCGAUAGAGAUAUCAAGUUUGAGGAUAUCUUCAUAGGAAAAGCACCCGACUUUGAACUUUCCAAACAACUUGUAAAGAUCGCAGAAAAGGAGGCUAAACGAAAGCUUGAUAUAGAAAACGGGACAAGCAAGCCCAAGAAAAAGAGUGAAAAUUCAACUACGACAAAGAUGAAUAAGAAGAAAGGACAAAAGAAUGACAAAAGCCAAACUAGCAUCGACAAGUAUUUAAAUAAGUCAGAUUCGAGUGCAUCUAAGCCCAAGAUGAGCGCAAAAGAACGUGAAGAAGCACAGUUAAAGUUAAAAGAGGAAAUGGAACGUCGUAAAAAAGAGCAAGAAGCAAGAGACGCUGAACGUAAGAAGCGCCUUGAAGAAGAAAAAGCCGAACUAAAUGCGGAAGUUAGUUCAGCCAUUAAAGAUUUCAAUCAACUCAGAGAUGACUUAGAGCUACAAGAUCAACGCCCUCUCCCAAAACCCAAAAAAAUCACAUCGCUUAUCGGUGAUAAGCAAUUUGGUGAUUUCGUACAAAUAUUGGAAUUUUUGCAUACUUUUUCGGAAAUCCUUUCGAUGCAUGACAAAUUUCCGCAAGGUGUGACGAUGCCCGUACUUGAGAGAGCACUUAUAUUGCGAGAACCGAAUGGGCCAUUGAGUGAUAUUCUACAAGUUCUAUUGUCUUCAGUGUUUUCUCUGCAAAUUGAAGAAGCAAAUGAAAUUGCAAUUCAGUACGAUCCGAACGCCGAAUUGAGUCAACGACGCAAUGACGUAGAAAAGUUAAGAGAAGCUUCUCGUGUUGGACUAUGGUGUGUUAAACAUUACAGUACUCACUUAAAUGAAUUAGUUAUGGAUGGCACGACAUUAAGUGAGCUUUUGCGCCUUCAUUUUCUCUCAUCAGGCGGCCUAAUAAACGGACAAGGAUCAAAUUGGCGAUAUCAACAACGUGGCGGAUACUUGAGUCACGACGAUCCUGGAUAUUUGUUUUGUCAAACGAAUCCUCACAUAAUCAAAACGCUUGGCGUAAAUACGGUUUAUAAUUUGACACAAAACGACAUAAUAAAAAUUAUUAAAUGUCUAAUGGAUCAAAUUUUAUCCUACAGUUCGGUAAGAGACUUGUUGGAAGAACGACUUGAAAAAGCUGCAAAGGCAAGGUACAAUUACAAAGUUUUAUGUAUAUCCGAGAAGAAACGUGAAGCACAAGUUCAAAGUGAGAAAAACAAAAUGAAAGAUGAAUUGAAGAAAAUUUUGCAGGAUUUCAAAGGCACGCAAGCAGAAAAGGAAGAAUUGAAAAAGAAAAAGGAAGCAGAGAAUGCAACUAAAUGUGAGCAACUGGAUGCACAAUCAGAAAGAGAAAAGACAAAAUUUAUACGUGAAAGUCAAAAAUUGAAGGAAGAAUUUUUCAACUAUCAAGUUUUUCUCGGAUGCGAUCGAGCUGGUCGAAACUAUUGGUUAUUCGAAUCGGUGUCUGGAUUAUUUGUAGAACACGACAUGACAUUUGCAGGCAAUUGUCAGGAAAAGUCAACUGUUAACCUUCCUGGACUUGCAAAUUGCCCCGCUGAUCAGCGUAAUAAGUUCAUCAAACAAAUGAUUAUCGAUCGAAAAAGUAGUAAUUCGAAUGACAAAGAGAACAAAGUUGAGAACGGCAUGAGACAACCGACUAUGAAUGGUAUCAUCAAAGGAUCAGAUAACAAAGAUGAGACUGAAAACGAUCAAAUUGAAUCUAAAUCUACGGGCGAAUUGAUGAUGUGCACCGCCGAUCCAAACAAUUGCCCCGUUCAUACAAUCGACUAUCCAGGACACAUACAAUGGGGAUAUUUCAAUACGGCAAAAGAGCUCGAUGAACUAAUUGCAGGUCUGAAUCCCCGCGGUUACAAAGAAAAGGUACUGCGAGACAAUUUAGAGGUAGAACGUGAUCUUAUUGUAAAUCACAUUCAGUGGUGUCCUAUUGAUAAACUCACUGUAACUGAAGACAAGUUCGAAACCACAUUAAAGCUUGCUGUCGAAAAUAGCGCGCGCAAAUACGCAAAUCCAAAUUGGCAAUUUGAUUCGGAUACCGAUGUCAAUUUGAUGAUGGAGGUUAAAUUGCGCGAGGAUCUUCUCGAUUUCGAGUUUAAACUAAAAUCUGGAUAUCUUGGCGAUAUAAAAGUAAAGGAUCGCGAUGCUUGGCGAACUGCACUCGAAAACUUUCAAUAUGAUCAACAAUCUGAUGCACUUCAAUGGGGACCUGAUAAGAAGUUAUAUGAAGGAAAGGCAAAACUAAAUGGUCACGAUACACCAAACGAAAAAAAUGAGGAAAAAAAUGACACGCAAAACGAAGAUGAAACAAGCAAAUUAAAAGAAGAUGACGAUGAACAAUUGGAAGCCAGUUUUGGGCACAUUGAAAAUGAUCCUGGCUAUAAUUUGAGUGAAAAUUUAGUAAUCGAAUCAGAGUCUGAAAACGAUGGUACAUCAAUGCAUACAUCAAAAACUCUAAAGGACAAAGUACAUUCUCUUGCAAAAGCACUGUUACAAAUUGAGCAGGGAAUUGAUCAAAAAUUCAUUCGUAUGCCGUUUGGCCCAAAGAGAGAUUUCAAAGAUAAGGAUAUCAUGGCACGCAAAAACGCUGAGCGUCGACGAAAAUUAGAACGUUGGGAAGAAUCUCUCAUGCGUUCAACUACAUACUCUCAAGUUUAUCUUCAUUAUAAUAUCCUUUACGAUGCAGUAACAUGGUCUCGAUCAGCAGCUAAAACAAAUUGUGUUGUUUGUCGCCGUGCAAAAGAUCCUGAAUAUACGUUACUUUGUGAUGAUUGUAACAAAGGAUAUCACACUUAUUGCUUGAAACCCAAAGUAAAGACUAUUCCAGAAGGUAAUUGGUAUUGCCCGAAGUGUCACCCAGAAGAUUUUAUUGUCAAACGAGGGAGUAAACGUAAGAUAUUCGAAGCUGAAGAAGAGGAAGUUGAAGACACUGAAGAAACGACACAAGACGAAGAUACACUUGAUGAAACAAUCGAUGAGAGUGUAGUAGAUGACGAUAAUGACAGCGAUUAUGGUCGCCCGAGUCGAAGAAGCAGAGCUAAGAAGGAAAAGAAAAAACCGAAAAUCACAGAUAUAUUCCGUGGUCGACAAAAAGAGGAAGACGAUAACUCACGUCGAUCGAGCAUUGCCGAUGAUUCCAUAUUCGAAAAGCCAUCGCGACGUCCCAAGAAAUCUGUAGCUGCAAACUCUACUAUGGAUGAAAGUGAUAGUGAUACAACUGACGAUAUUCCAUUGAUGUCAAUAAAGAAACGCAGUACACGAUCAAGAGGCGGAAAUACGGAGACAUCGCCAAGAAAACGUAAUAGUCGACAUUUGACAGUUGACAGUGAUGACGAUGAACCACUAUCUCGUACACGCGCCAAACGAAAACGCCAUUCUUCGGAUGAACAAACUUCACCAACCACAUCAAAUAGACGAAGUGUAAGACGAAAUGGCGAUAACGACGAUGAAAACCUUGUUUUACAUGCACCCAUUUUGUACACUUUGUUAGAUCAAAUUAGUAAGCAUUCAUGUUCAUGGCCCUUUAAUCGUCCCGUCACACUAAAAGAAGUACCCGACUACCACGAAAUCAUAAAAAAUCCAAUGGACUUUGCCAAAAUCAAAUCUCGACUUAAUAUGGGUCACUACAAAACAGAUUACGAUGUCAUGAACGACAUUCAAUUAGUGUUUUCGAAUUGUGAUUUGUACAACGGAAGUGGAUCGGAGAUUUACAGCGCUGGCAUUGAGUUGGAAAACUUUGUAAACAAAAAAUGCAAAGAGUACAAGUUGCCUUUUCGCCCAAGCGACAUGACAGCUAACACAUCAACUAGCGAGCCACCUAAUGAUGAAGGAAAUUCAAAACAAAAUAGAAAGAAACGUACAUUGUAGAUAAUUUAUGAUAUAACUUCUAAGCAUUGAUGUUUAGUUCGAAGAUCCACAUUCAAUUUUUAGACUAAUUUAUGAUAUUUUGUAGAUUUUUUUUUGCAGUAAAUUUCGAAUUUCACCAUUAAAGGGAAAUUUCAAAUUCUUUUAGUUUUCUUAUAGUCUGUUAGUUACACAAUUCGCUUUGAUGAAUAAAGAAUAACACUAAACCUUUA